AACGUUUUUGGAACUCCUGGUAAAUCGCAUUUCCUUGUCUAUUCACAGAGUCCCAGUGAGCAUGCGCACUUAGUAAGCUCUUUAGGAAGUUUUGACUGAGUUUGCUAAGUAAUGGUAAUAACCUGGACAGCAACGUGAGUUUUCCCGUCAACGCGCACAGCUUUCUUCUGUCCUGUCCAAAUGUCCAUGAUGAUCUCAGAAAAUGACUUGGAGCAGCUGGCUGAAAUAGAGCUCCAGAGGGAUGAGGAGGAACAGGAGGAGGAACAACCCGCAGCAAGAACUCGCAAUGAUGCCAUCACUGACACCUCCCACCCGUACUAUGACGUGGCACGACACGGCAUUCUUCAAGUCACAGGUGAUGACAACUAUGGCCGAAAGCUCAUCAUCUUCAGCAGCUGCUGUAUGCCCCCCUCCCAUCAGCUUAACCACCGCAGACUGCUAGAGUACCUGAAGUACACCCUGGACCAGUAUGUGGAGAGCGACUACACCGUGGUCUACUUUCACUACGGCCUACGCAGCAGCAACAAGCCCUCUCUGCGCUGGCUCCGAGACGCCUACAAGGAGUUUGACCGAAAGUACAAGAAGAACCUGAAAGCUCUGUAUGUCGUCCACCCCACCAACUUCAUCAAAAUCAUAUGGAACAUCUUCAAACCUCUGAUAAGUCAUAAGUUUGGAAAAAAACUGACCUAUGUGAACUACCUGGCAGAACUAAGAGAUCACCUGGACUAUGACCAGCUCAUCGUUCCCCCAGACGUUAAAAGACACGAUGAGAAACUCCGGGCCAGUCAGAAAGGAGGACCGCCACCUUCCAUCAGAGUGCCGCCCCCACGACCCCCCCUCCCCACCCAACAGUUUGGUGUCAGUCUGCAGUACAUCCGAGACAAAAACAAUGGAGUUCUCAUACCCACUGUUGUGAGUCAAACAGUGUCCUACCUCCAACAGAAAGGUCUGCACACAGAGGGCAUCUUCAGGAGGUCGGCUCGAGUUCAGCUCAUCAAGGACAUCAAGAAACUCUAUAACUUAGGAAAGCCGGUGAACUUCGACGAGUACGGGGAUGUCCAUGUUCCUGCCGUCAUCUUGAAGACGUUUCUCAGGGAACUGCCUGAGCCCCUCCUCACCUUCGCCCUGUAUGACCAGAUCUUGGACAUCACCAGGGUUGAAAGUUGCCUCCGAGUCUCAACAUGCAAGGGCAUUGUGGAAUCCCUGGCUGAACCCAACUACAUUGUGCUGAAGUACUUGGUCUGCUUCUUGAACAUGGUCUCCCAGAAGAGCAUCGAUAACAAGAUGAGCUCGUCUAACCUGGCGUGCGUGUUCGGCGUCAACCUGGCGCGCCCCCCCCAGGGCUCGGUGUCACUCAGCGCCCUGACGCCCCUCAACAUCUUCACCGAGCUGCUGGUGGAGCACUACCACACCGUCUUCGGCUGCCGCCACCCCGCCUCUCAGGUGCUGCCCUGACGGGCCUACCCACCCCACCCCGCCUCUCAGGUGCUGCCCUGACGGGCCUACCCACCCCACCCCGCCUCUCAGGUGCUGCCCUGACAGACCUACCCACCCCACACGCCGUCCCUAACACCCACUGCCACCUAAAAGCCUUAUACUCCCCCCCCCUUCUCAUCUCACGGUGAAGUAACUGCACCUGACAACUGGAGACGUCUACAUCCAUGUCCAUCUUUGUGAAAAGCCUUUGCUCCACCCUGGCUACAUGCCACUAAGGGUGUGUUGGGUCAGUUAGAUUACGUGGUUCUUGUUUGUUAUACGGGGUCACCUUUACUAAUUUUUUUUAGAGGGGUUGCAAGCUCAUUUUGUUACAAAAAAAUAUUUGUGUAUAGUUUUUUUUUACUUUGAAUACAAGGGUGCUGUGCUGUAUCUCGUCUCCAAAAGACUGGUCUCUGCAACACUACAGUAUGCUACAAGAGGAUAUCUUCAUUGCUGUAUGUUUUUUUUUUUUAUUUCUUUUCUUUUC